AUGCAUCCUGCAGUUCGAAUCGUGGAAGUUGGCCCACGGGAUGGACUUCAAAACAUCAAAGGCGCAAUCCCCACCUCAGUCAAGCUGGAGUUGAUACGCCGACUCAAGCAGACUGGACUGCGCACAGUGGAACUGACUUCUGUCGUCUCACCCCGGGCAGUUCCUCAAUUAGCAGAUUGUCGCGACCUUCUUCGUGACCCAAGCGCCAAGACACUGUUGCAAGACUCGCAAUCUCGUCAUCCUGUGUUGGUGCCCAAUCUCAAAGGGCUCGAAAUUGCCAUUCAACAUAAUGUCCGAGAGAUUGCUGUCUUUAUCAGCGCCACGGAAGGGUUCAGUAAGGCGAACAUUAACUGUACGGUGGCGCAGGGCAUUGAACGGGCGACUCAGGUGAUAAUUGCUGCUACAAAUGCCGGACUCGCUGUGAGAGGAUAUGUCUCUUGUAUUUUCGCAGAUCCAUAUGACGGUCCAACUCCAUUGCCAGCAGUACUUCGCUGCGUCACAGCCCUUUUGAGCGCCGGCUGCUACGAAGUCAGUCUCGGGGACACGUUGGGCGUUGGAUCUCCUGCCAAUGUGCGAGAGUUGUUCCAAUAUCUCGCGAACAACGGUAUUCCAGCAGGCAAGCUAGCAGGCCACUUCCAUGAUACCUACGGCCAAGCCGUAGCAAAUGUUUGGGAGGCCUUCAAUUGUGGAAUCCAAGUUUUUGACAGUAGCGUGGCUGGACUUGGUGGCUGUCCCUUUGCACCAGGUGCCAGGGGAAAUGUCGCAUCCGAAGACCUCGUGUACAUGUUCCAGAACGCCGGAAUCGAGACAGGUGUUGAUCUUGUGAAGCUGGUUGAGACUGGAGCCUGGAUAUCGAGUCAACUGUCAAGGACCAACUCCAGCCGAGCUGGAACGGCACUAGCAACCAGAGCGCGACUUGCCACGCGUACGAGUCCUGAAAAGACUGAUUCGAAAACCAUCUCUCUUCUCACAUGGAAGCUCGUCUCGGAAACGGACGGGCUGCAGAUCUACCGGUCUGGCGUAAAUCUGAAGAUCGUCUUAAACAGACCAAAGAACGGGAACACUCUCACGGCCAUCAUGAUCGCCAAUCUGACUCGAGUAAUAUCAGAGGCUAACACCGACCCAUCAACCUCACGUAUCAUCAUCACCGCUAACGGCAAGUUCUUCUGCACGGGAAUGGACCUAGGCAAAGGCAGCACUGCAGUUGGCGAGGGCGGAUCUACCAGCGACAACCAGUUCAUCGGUCUUACAAGACUCUUCGAGGUGAUCGACCAAUCUCCUAAGGUAACCAUUGCAGCAGUCAAUGGGCCCGCUUUUGGAGGCGGGGUGGGAUUGGCGUUCUCUUGCGACAUUCGACUGUUCACACAGAACGCAAACCUGACGCUGAGCGAGGUGAAGCUAGGACUGUGCGCGGCAACGAUUUCCAGAUAUGUGAUUCGUGAAUGGGGGCUUGCAUUCACUCGCGAGGCUAUGCUCUCAGCUCGUGCUGUCACACCGCAUGAGCUGAAGGCGAUUGGAGUCGUUGCUGGUAUCGUUGACGACCAAGAACAUCUGCGCAUUAGUCUAGAUGAGCUUCUGAUCCAGCUUAAGACUGCUUCUCCUAAUGCUUCGAGGAUGUCAAAGGAGCUGGUGAGACUCGCUUGGGCUCAUGGCGGCGAAGAGAGGCAAGCAUCUGGAAUAAAGAGUAUUUUCGAGGAGAUGAUGCGGUCAGAUGCCGAUGGAGCUCAUGGGGUGAAGGAAUUCCAGGCUAAGAGGAAGGUAGAUUGGGAUGCCUAUGUUCAACAACAAGGAAAGGCCAAGCUAUGA